UUUCCAGCGGCUCUCGUCUCGUUCGCUCCUUCAUCCGCAUCAGGAGAGAGAGAGAGACAGCAGCAGGAAAGAUGGCGGCCGGUUCUGGGGCUGCAAGCGGCCACGGAGCUCGCAGCUCCAACGCUGCUCUCGAAGCGUCUCUAGACCGGCGGUUUCAAGGAGUAUCCAACACUAUGGAGGCAAUACAGGGACUUUCAACCUGGUGCAUUGAAAACAAGAAGCACCACGGCCUCAUCGUUCGCCACUGGAUGAAGUGGCUCAAGAAAUCUGACAACAAUCACCGCUUGAAUCUCUUCUACGUUGCCAACGAUGUGAUCCAGAACUGCAAAAGAAAGAAUGCAAUUGUCUUUCGUUCAGCCUUCGCAGAAGUCCUUCCUCAUGCUGCUCAGCUCAUCAAAGAUGGGAAGGUCCGCAAGUCAGUGGAAAGGAUUUUCUUGAUUUGGGAGGAGAGGAGUGUGUAUCCUGAGGAGGUCAUUGCCCAGUUCAAAGCGGGCUUGAACAAAAAGGAAAAGGAGCGAGAGAAGCAGAAGGAAAAGGAAAAGGAGAAAGAAAAGGAGAAAGAGAAGGAGAAGCAAAAGGAAAAGGAGAAAGAAAAGGAGGCUCCACCAGCCAACGGUCAGUCUGGUACUUUCCACUCUGCAUCCUGUCAUGCCCCAACCAACACCAAAGCUGCCCUCAAGUCCAAGAUUGUAGCAGAGUUCACACCUCACUCCCUCAUCGAACAGUUGUCAAGAUAUAAGCGAGCAGUUGCAGAAGAGGAGUUCAGGGAGAAGCAGCUUGAAGCUCUCAGGGUGGAUGUUUGUAGCACAGAGGCUCUUAAGAGGCUUAAAGACAAGGCGGGAGGUAACAAGUUUGCUAAGGACUUUGAGGACGGCAGUCUGAAGCUGCAGGAGUUUGUCGGCUUCCUGGACAAAGAGUUGAAAACAGGGCCUCCUCUGCUGGAAGCUUUGGGAAACGCAGACAUUUUCUAUGAGAUGCAGUACAAGGAGGUCAAGAUUGUGGCCAAUGCGUACAAUGCCUUUGCCAACCGUGUGGCCAGUCUUAAAAGGAAGCUGGAUUCUCUCAAGUCGACUCUACCUGGACCUGAAGACUCUCCCGUCCCUUCACCCUCUGAAGACGCCCCGUCUCCCACUGGCUCUGACUCACCCUUCAUGGGACUGGGAGGUAACAGAGCCCAGGUGGAUCCAGAGCUGGACGGCAAGGCCAUGGAUGAAGGAGAAAUACCCAGCGACAACAGAGACAUGGAGGACAUGGAUAUGUCUGAUGAAGAGGCUGACGCUGCCACCGCAGGGGCAGAUGACAAGAAAGACAAGGCGUCCACUGCUGUCGCCAAGACUACAAAGUCAGAUGCAGCAUCGAAGCCUCCAACCACACCUACGAAAGCUUCUAAGACCAACUCUGCUGCUGCUGCUGCUGCCACCACGGCCACCGCAGUGACACCCACUCCCACUACUGCUCAGAGCGCUCCAACAUCCCCUCUGGGAGUCAAUCUGGAGAAGGUGGACCUCGGAAAGAUCAGCUCCAUUCUCAGCUCACUCACGUCUGCCAUGAAGAAUACAGCGGCCAGCCCUGCUCGGCCAUCUCCAGGAACACCCACCACUCCAUCUGGCCAAUCAGCAGCCUCCAAAGCAACCCCUUCCAGCCCCGCUUUGGCCAGCAUCCUGUCACGUGUUGACAUCACACCUGAAGGCAUCCUCAAUGCUCUGUCUAAAACAAACACACCAGGUUUGUCCUCUCUCCUGCAAAGUGUGACAAACACCUCCUCUGCUCCUCCCACCCGAACCUCCCCAGAGUCAUCAGCAGUUAAAACCCUGCUCAGCCCCACCACCCUGAAAACAAAACCCACUCUGGGGAACAGCCUCAAACGAGAGACACCCGGGAGAACCAGAGACUGGGAGAAAGAGAGACAGCUGUCGCCUCCUCCUCCACCGCCUCCUCGUCCCUCCGCUCCUUCUGUCUCUCCUCCUAGCCUAGAAUCAAAAAUCAACAGCUUCUUGCAGGGUAAUCCAGGUUUUAGUCUCGCUUUAGGUGAUGUCAGUCCCGACGGGGUGGAUGGGACCCCAGUGAGAGAUGAAGCUGCUGGCACCCCCACCCAGGAUGAGAUCAUGGACACACCUGGAAGUGUGCCAGAAUCUCUCGGGUCAUCUGGCGGUCAUAACCUGUCACCCACAGCCUACCGCAGCGAACCCUGGGAUGCUGUGAUCACCCCAUCCGGAAGCAGUAGCAAUGGAGACUUUCUCUCUUCCUCCUCUUCCCGGUACGGAACCGGGAAAAAGAGCAACACAAAACUAAAGGACGAUGAAGUGAUGAAUAUGAGGAAGCACGUCCCUUCGUCGCCCAGUAAUGACAUGAAGAUUAAGAAAGAUGGACAACACGGCCAGUUAAGGAUGAUGGGAAGCAACAGAGGGGUUGGAGAAAGGAGACUCUCUGCAGGCUCUCGUAAGGCGAGCAGUAGCUCAGAUGACGGAGGUCUGGGCGGGAAGAGGGAGGACAAGGGGAAAGAGUCUCCAGCUGGGGGUGGGAAAGAUGGCCACUACCAUCGUAUUGAGACACUAGUGUCACCCUGCACUGAAGGGGCACCCAUCCAAACUCUUGGCUACUCUAACCGCCCACUCGCUGGAGAGCGCAUCAAGACUGUAGAGAGCAUCCGCGUGAUUGGCCGAGGCGCUCGGCGAGGCGGAGGCGCUGGCUGUCGUCCAGGUGGAGCAAUGUGGUAUGAAGAGGAGGAAUACAUGGACGCUCAGCCUCCCUCACCUCAUGGUGCCCCCCCUCCUCUUAACAUUGGCCCAGGCGGCACUGAGGACAUGAUUCCCUCCAUGCCUCCUCCACCACAUCUCCUCCUCGCACAUCUCCACCCCCCUCCGCCGCACCCGCACUCACGCCCUCUUCCCCAGUCCCCGUUUCAAAUGCCCUACCACACAGAGAACAUGCAGAGUCCUCCUCCAUCACUCCUCCACCAGCAUCCUCCUCCCGCACCCCCUUUCUUCUCUGCUCCUCCACCGAUCCCUCGACCCCCUCCGCCUCCCAUGCCGCAGCGCCUUUCCCCUCCACCCUCCCACUCCGCUGUGCCCUCUGCAGUCAUGGUAGGGGGAGUGUUGGUCCCUGUUGACCGCCCCCUUUCUAUUCCACCCCCAGUCAGACCUGAAGGUACAGAUCGUGGUGGGAUGGGGCCCAGAGGAAGCAAAGUAGGCCCCCCACCCCUCAUGUCAUCGUUGCUAGGUGAGCCCCCUAAGCUGCACCGUCCUGGCACAGUUAAAGAGUCUUUUGUUCCCCGCCAUGCACCCCCUCUCCACCGCCCAGGUAACCCUGGUGUUCCUCUCCCCUUACUCGGCCGAGUGAAGGAGCCUCUGAAUCUACCUCUUCCAUCUCCCUCUCCCUCUCCCACGUCCUCCACGCCCUCCCCCUCCACUCCUAAUUCCCCCGCAGUCGACAGCGCCCCUGCUCGCCUUCCCUCUCAGUCCGCUGCCCCUCCUCUCCACAAACCCCCCGCUAGUCCCCCAGCUCAGCCCCGCAACCAAACCUCUAACCCCGUUCCCCUCCUCAACUUGCCCAGCCCUCGUCCCCCGAUGCUCUCUGUCCCCAUCCCACAGAGACCUCUGUUGAGAGGCCGAAACCCCUCUCACCAUCAUAACCAAGAUCACCCUAGAGGAGGGUUUCGUGGGGGCAAGCGGCCCGGUCCUCCAUUCACAGGUGGUCCCUUUCAUGCGCAGAAGAGACCCUUCCUACCCCCACGCUACUGAAGUGGUCAUCUGUGACAUGCUGAACGAGAAGUGCAAGCGCCCUGCGCUGAAGUGCAGAGUGUGUGUUAGCCCUGCUGGUAUGAGCCCAGAUAUCUUUACUCUGUUAAUUAGCUUGAAUUAAAACUACCUUAGGUUGUCUGUAAAUAGCUGAUUUAAAUCUUCAUGCUUCAGCUAGGUAGCCAGCCAGCCAGUCAUCUUACACUGUACAGUACAGCUAUGAGGUCAUCAGUUACAUAGUGCAGAGUGUUGCGUAACGAGCCUCAAGAUCACUUUUUUCCAUUUCUCUCCGUACAUGAUGGAUAAAAGAUGGAGUAGUUCUGGUAUAAGGAAGUAAACGCAGAUAGUUAAAGCAGAAAUUUCACUUGCCUGAGAGAGCAGGAGAGUGGAAGGGAUGAGUAUAGGUCUCAUGUGAUUAGAGGGAAGAAACAACGAUAGUUAGACAUUUUGGGAAAUAAACUUAUUGGCUGCUUAGCUUAGCAUAAAGACUGGAAAUGGAGGAACAGCUGCUCCUACUAAGACGUCUUCAGCCCACAAAUCAACACAUUCAACAUGUUUAUUUAAGCAGUAAUAUAGUAGUUGAUAUAAGGGCCAGACAAUCAUUGAGUCUCUGGUGGUUGCCUGGUAAUCUCACUGCAACACAAAGGCUCCAGGACGCCACCGCUCGCAGCCCCAAAGGGCGGGUUGAUUCAGACAGAACCAGGCUAGCUGCUUCCAGCCUUUAUGCUAAGCUAACGCUGUCAAGAUAUGUCAUCUCGACUUUUCAACAAGAAAGCCGAUAGUUGUAGCUCCCCAAAUGCCAAACGAUUACUUUAAACCAGUUUGAAGUGAUGAUUGAAGUAGUUUCCAAAGUAAUAUUUUCUUCCAUGAGUGUAUGGGUGUGUGCUGUGUGUCCUAAAAUGGUAUUCCUCAUUUUGAAGUGAUGAGAUUUGUGUUGCAGCUGAGGUUAACACUUGUUCCUAUUUCCGGAGUACUUGCUGUAAAUAAUAUUCUUCUAAUGCUCAGACCUUUUCUUCACACUUCCAUCUCUUUAACUGUAUAUCUCUAAGCUUGUAAAUAUAAAAAACUGAGAUCAUACAGCUUUUUUUUUCUCCCUCCCCCUCUUCAAGCUCUUUGUUUCUGUCAAUGAGGACAUUGAACGUCACUCACGCACCCCCGUCUUUACUGUGAUUCAGGCCUUGGAAUAAGCUUUAGCUCCAGAAGAAUUUCUCUGCAGUAUCUGUCGCACCUUUUCUGUCCUCCCUUUUCGAAACCACGCAAAAGAAGAGGAGGGUGAAGAUAAUUCUGUGUUUUUAUUUCCAACACAAAUGUCUGCCGCUCAAGUUAGAUGGAGUCAUGAAGAUACUCAGUAGUGGAUGGCGGUGGGUGGCAGGCGACUGGGGUGGGUGGGGUUUAUUUCAGCUUGAACUACUUUCUUGCUGGGCUUCAACAUGUACUGACUUGAAUAAAAUCCAGAGUUUCAAUUCAACUGGGGGGCGGGGGUAUUUUAUUUGGUCACUAUUUAUCACUUGAAUUGCGCUGUUGUAAUUUAUUUGCGCUGUUCAGCUGAUUUUUCUGCCUGUUUUUUCCAGAGAAAUUGUUUUCAUAUAUUUACACAGCUGCUGCCAUUUUCAUAUUGCAUUUAACAGUUGAUGCCUAUAUUUUAUGCGUUGUAUUUUUCUACUAGACAGAAUUGGGGAAUUUUCCAUUUGCAGGGGCACCCACAGAUGGUAUCAGGGGGUCGAAAACAUUUGAAUUAAUUAGGAUUGUUUUGAAAAUGGUUUAUUUAAAUACUCCAGUUGUUUUGGCUCCUUCCUUCGUUUUUUUAUUUCUUUGCUAAUUUCAUGCUUUUGCCCUCACGCCCCUGUGCUUCCCUUGUGCUCACAUGGCUUUGUCCAGAAACACUCCCGCACCUCUCAACACUUAAAAAAAGGAUCAGCACAAUGACAGUAAUUCUUAACAUUUGUGCAGGAAAUGUUGCCACAAUGCUUCCCCCUCUUGUUCCCCACAGUGAGAGGUGCAUGUUGGGGGGGGUGUUGCUGCUCAAAGCCUCCCGUGUUUGUCCGAUCAUGGAGUGUGUGUGUGUUGUCUCCUUCGCUCAUUUACAAGUUGAUGCAAUGCAGAAGACCUGCAAACAUUAUAAUCCUGCAUAAAGCUGGUAAAUUCAUACAUACAUUGUAAAAAUGUAACGACAAAGAGCAUAUUUGUCACUACAGUGUUAGCACAUCAUCAGAGUUCUGAUGUUUUACUGAAUGUUAUACAAGUCUGUUACCACCCUCUGUAAACUGUAUGUCUUUUUAUAUGUUAGUUUCUCUGCAAAAAACAGCUAAGUAUCAACCCAAAUCAGUUUGGUGUGUUCACAUUGCAGAGAGAGAGAAAGCUAGAAUCAUUGUUAUAAACAUCUUCCUGCUUACUUAGCACCUACCUAAGUUCACGAUUUUAAUUGUCCCUGUAAAUAACCUCUCUCUUUUUUUUUCUUUCCACCUCUUCUUUGACAAAUUGAGUUUGAAAUUGAACUGAACUUGUGACAAAGCUGAUGGUCUGUGUACAUUUGAUAAGUUUAAUUGCUCUUACUGCUGUUCUCAUCAAUGAUGCUAUAUCACUGGUC